AGACGAGCAGGCGACGGAACCAUUGAGGAAAAGGAUCAGUCGAGUUUCAGGAGUCGACGGAGCAACACCGGAGCGAGUCCGCGCGCAGAACCGACGAGCCACCGACACGUUGUGUGUGUGUGUCCGUGGAUACUUCUCCCUCGUCUCUUCCACACCGAGGACGUGAACACACACUGAACCAGUGACCCACAAAGUGACGCAGGCGCCGUCGCUUUAAAAGCGAACACCUCCCCCCUCCCCUACUACAUCGACGCCCCCUCCCCCUCCCCUCCCGUCACUCAACUAGAUAAACAUGGACGGAUUCUACGACCAGCAGGUCCCAUUUAUGGUCCCACCCAGCCACAAGUCUCGCGUGGACGACCAGCCGCACCACAGGCCUCUGGGCGACAGGAAGAGGAAGUUCGUGGACACGGAACUCGCCCAGGACACGGAAGAUCUCUUCCAAGACCUCAGUCAGCUGCAGGAGAUCUGGAUCGCAGAAGCCCAGGUGCCUGAUGACGAGCAGUUUGUCCCAGAUUUCCAGUCCGACAGCUUGAUGUUUCAUGGCCCGCCACCGGCCAAGAUCAAACGCGAGCUGACUCGCUCCAACGAGCUCUCUCCCUGUCGCCAGGACAGGAGUCCCAUGCCCUACGGGGAGAAGUGCCUUUACAGCUACAGUGCCUGCGACAGGAAGCCCACCCCAGGGUUCAAGCCAUUAACCCCGCCCUUGACGCCGGUCUCCCCCUGCGGCCCCAGCGGCACGCCGGGAGCGCCUCCGCUGAGCGCGCAGACGCCCCCUCCUCACCCCUCCCAUGUAGCCAGCCCGACCGCGUCCAGCCAGCAGGCGAUCCCGGGCCACAGCCACAGCCCGCCCUUCGCCGUGCCCUGCGCGCCGCUCGGCCAGGAUGCCAACAGCUUUACACCUGAGCACAGGUUCCAGAGGCAGAUGUCAGAGCCAUGUCUACCCUUCCCCCCCUCAGAGAGUCAAGGACGCCCCCAGUACCUGCCCCAGCCUCCCAGUGGCAACAACAACCACAACAACAGCAGCAACCUGCCACGCGACGGACGGCCACCGUACCACCGCCAGAUGUCCGAGCCGCUGGUGGCGGUGCCUCCGCAGGGCUUCAAGCAGGAGCUCAUCGACCCGCGGUACGCCGAGCAGGGCGUCCCCGCCAUGGGCCCCCCGCCGGGCCCUCAGUGCCAGGCGUCGUUCCACCCCAUGGCCAUCAAGCAGGAGCCGCGGGACUUCUGCUUCGACUCUGAAGUGCCUAACUGUCAGUCAUCGUUCGGCAGAGCGGGGAGCUUCUACCAAAAUAACCAUGAAAGCUUCUCCUUCGACAGAGAUCCUCAGCUCUACUUUGACGACACCUGUGUCGUCCCCGAAAGACUAGAAGGUAAAGUAAAGCAGGAGCCCUCCACCGUGUACCGCGACGGGCCUCCGUACCAGCGCCGCGGCUCCCUGCAGCUGUGGCAGUUCCUGGUCACGUUACUGGACGACCCGGCCAACGGCCACUUCAUCGCCUGGACGGGUCGCGGCAUGGAGUUCAAACUCAUCGAGCCCGAGGAGGUGGCUCGUCGGUGGGGCGUCCAGAAGAACCGGCCUGCGAUGAACUACGACAAGCUGAGCCGCUCGCUGCGCUACUACUACGAGAAGGGCAUCAUGCAGAAGGUAAAGGUGGCCGGAGAGCGGUAUGUGUACAAGUUUGUGUGCGACCCCGAGGCCCUGUUCUCCAUGGCCUUCCCCGACAACCAGCGGCCCAACCUGAAGGCCGACCCCGACAGCCUGCCGGGUCCGGACGACGACACCGUGCCCCUCACGCACUACGAAGAGGCCACCCCCUACCUGCUGGACGCCGCCGAGCAGUGUGUGGCCGGCCUCUCCUUCCCCGACGGCUACGGCUACUAAGAAGAGCGGUGGCGUCCGGACGCACGGCACGCACACACGCGUUACACGCAAAACACUCCCCCAAAGUCUCUCGACGACCCGUCGAGCUGUUUGGAACGACGGACCUCGCACUCCGCUCCUUCCUGGUUCCCUCUCCUGCUCCCUGGAAAACCUUCAUGUGACUCUGAUCGCUCCCCAGAACGGACGAAUGAUUUCCUGCACCAUCACACGACAGAGAGAGGAUGAAUUGGAACUCGGUGGCUCCGCCCACCUUACGAGCUAAAGUAAGGCAGGAUGGGAGGGGGGCUGCUGUUGUUAUGGAGACCAAACGAGGCGAGGCCAACAGCCCGCCGACUUCAAACUGAGCUGGCAGACCCGCGUCUCCUCCGCGCCGCUCCUUCGUACGAGACUGCAAACGUGAUUUUCUGACAAUCUGCUUUUCUUAAAAAAAAAAAUCUAACAAGAAACAGAGUAAAAAUCUAAUGAGAUAUUUAAAAGUGCAGCAUUAUUCUAAAGUUGCCUUUUUGGGAACUCCUCCCCCCAUUUCCAUGUCAUACAUCUGAGGUACACAAUCCGUGAAAGGGCUUUAAUUUGCAAAAAAAAAAAGAAAAAAGAAACGGAUUAACAAACCAAGUAAAAACGCCACAACAUAUUCAGAACCCACUUCUGUUCCCUAGAUAUUUUUAUCCACUUUUGUUUUGGAGACCCAGACCUCAGGUUUCUGGGGCGCUGCUGUACUUCAGACUCGAUGGUCCGGGCGGCGGCGGCGUCUCUUUCCCGUGAACUUGUUCUUGUUUCUCUUAACGGUUCUGCCCCUUGUGAACAGAUUGUAUCUGCAGGAGCCCACGUCAAUACAGAACACUCCUCUCAGCUCUGCUCAUCCCCUGCUGGGUCCUUCUUCUUCUUCUUCUUCUUGUUUUUAGAGAGGAUUACCUCCUCAUCGCCUCCGUUUGCAGAGGGACACAUGUUCAUGUACGAUAAACAGUCACAUCGCUGCAGGUUUCUUUUUUAGUUUGUUUGGUUGUAACUCGAUGUUUCCUCGGCAGUGGACGAGUUCCUCUGAUGCACCAGUAUGGCCGGAGCGUCACGAGGCUGCAUGCAAAAAAAAACGCAGAAAAAGAAAAGAGGGGGUGAAACUUUGCCCCCCCCCCUCCUGUUGGACGAGCUGUCGACCCUCUGCUUCUCUUUGCAUGGUGUAAUAAUCAGUCCACUAACAUAUCUCGCUUUAACUGUCUCUGGACAAAGAAGAUAUUUGUGAUAAUCUCUCUGCAUUUUUCUUUAUUUUUUGGGGGGGUUGUGUUCAUUAUCUCUGUUCUCUGAACCGGGGGGCAAAGACAAACUUAUAUAAAGUAUAUAUUUUUGCUAUAAGGCUGCAUUUUGUCUUGAUUUUAAUGUAUAAGCUGUAUAGUUCUGGCUUUUAAUAAUAGACAUGUACCUUUUUAAAAACUCAAAUCUCGGCCCCCCCUCCCUCCCCCCGUGUUGGAGAGUGGCUGAGAGGAGGUUGUUAUCUCUGUACGGCCGGAGAUCAUGGGAUCGAACCUCCGGCUCGGUGUGGGGAUCGUCUGCACUUGUACCAGGGCUUCGGUCCCGCUCCCCCUCCUCACCAUGUGUUUCUUACACUGCAGAGUUUCUAAUAAUCUGUACUGGGUACAAUAAACGGUCCUCUAUGCUUCA